CAGGAGUCACGCGUUGUUUGCCUCAGAGUACAAAUAUGGCGGAUGAUGGAGAGUCACUGGAGUCUUGGCUUAAUAAAGCCACCAACCCUUCAAACAGACAGGAAGACUGGGAGUAUAUUAUGGGAUUCUGUGAUCAAAUCAAUAAUGAGCUAGAAGGUCCACAAAUAUCCAUCAGACUAUUGGCAUACAAGAUUCAGUCCCCUCAGGAAUGGGAAGCGAUGCAAGCAUUAACGGUUCUUGAGGCUUGUAUGAAGAACUGUGGGCGAAGAUUUCACAAUGAAGUCGGGAAAUUUAAAUUUUUAAAUGAAUUAAUUAAGGUGGUUUCACCCAAAUACCUAGGAGACAAAGUUUCAGAAAAGGUGAAGAAAAAAGUGAUAGAGUUGCUGUAUAGCUGGGCAGUGUCUCUACCUGAUGAAGCAAAAAUCUGUGAAGCAUAUCAGAUGCUGAAGUCACAGGGUAUUGUUUUAGCUGACCCAGAAAUCUCUCUUGAUGCCACAUUAAUACCAUCACCUUCUCCUCGACCCAGUAAUCCUGUUUUUGAUGAUGAAAAGAAGAGCAAGAGAUUAGCAGAACUGCUAAAGAGUAAAAAGCCCGAAGAUUUGCAAGAGGCCAAUCGACUCAUCAAGAACAUGGUCAAGGAGGAUGAGGUGAGAAGACAGAAAGCAACAAAGCAAAAAAGCACUCUAGAAGCAGUCAACAACAGCGUCAGACUCCUUAAUGAGAUGCUUGCUCAUUUCAGCCCAGAAGACUCCACGGACGGAGACAAGGAGCUUAUUAGGGAGUUGUAUGGUGAUUGUGACAAACUGAGGCAAACAGUAUAUCAACUUGUUACUGAGAGUGAGGAUAAUGACACCAGUCUGGGAGACCUUUUGCAGGCCAGUGAUGACCUCUCCCAUGUCAUAAAUUCUUACAAGAAGAUUGUGGAAGGGCACGCCAUCAAUGGAGAAACUGAAGAAGCACAACAAAUACAAACAUCAGCUAAACAAGGGACUAGAUGCACAAACCAGUCAGAGAUUCUGAUUGACCUGGUUGGUCUGGACAUCCAAACCCCCUCUCCAACUGAACAGCAACCUCCAGCCUGUUCGCUGCCUUUUCCUGCUGACCUCCUGUGUGGAUCAGCUGUCACUGACCCUCAGGCCCAAAGUCUAAGUACACCCUCUGCAGCAUUCUCGCUGCUGGAUGAGGAGCUGCUGUCUUUAGGCCUCAAUGAACCUGCUCCAGUUCUUAGUACAUCAACACAACAAAACCUGAGCAAUAAUUUACCAUCUUUACAGAAUUCCAGUCAAGAUUUGGGGUUUUUGGACACCACUUUAUCUACAGUCCCUGCAUUCUCCACAUCGUCACUCUUUCUAGAUGCCCUCUCAACAACAGUAGCCUCAGUCUGUCCUACCACAACUUCUACAACUGCCUCUGCCUUAAGCUUCCCUGUCUUUCCCACCCCUCCAGUUUCUACAGCACCUCUAUCAACAACAUCAGACAUAUUUCCAAAUAUACUGACCACCACAGCCCCAUCUGCACUUCCUCAGUCAUUUAGCGUUAACUUGUCUGCUCCCUCAGCCAACCCUAUCACUCCACAACAGUUGUCUUCUUCACCUGGAGUGUUCAUCUCACCGUCAGCUUCUCUCUCUCACCAGCACCAAGACCUCACCUUGCUGGAUCUUGGCAGUGCAAACAAGUCUGGUGUCACCUCCACCACAUCCUCCUCACUGAUCACAGGGGGGAUGCAAGGAUGGUCCACUCCUCCACCUACCAAGAGUCAGGCAGAUGACAGCCCUCUGUUACGCUCUCUAUCCCCCAUCCUCCCACUGAGCCAGGCCAGUCCCAGCAGGGGACCGGAGGUAUCCCUAGCCGAUGUAUUUGUCCCUUUGGAUGCCAUUAAGCCAAGUAAAGUGUGUCCUGUGACGGCCUAUGAUAAAAAUGGCUUUCGUCUUCUGCUGCACUUUGCUACUGACUGUCCGCCCGGCAGACCUGACGUGUUGGUGAUGGUGGCGUCCAUGCUUAACACAGCACCACAGCCUGUCAGGAACAUUGUUCUGCAGGUUGCCGUACCCAGGACGAUGAAAGUGAGACUACAGCCACCCUCAGGGACAGAGCUGGCCUCUUUUAACCCAAUACUUCCCCCUGCUGCCAUCACUCAGGUCAUGCUGCUUGCCAGUCCUCUCAAGGAAAAGGUUCGGAUGAGAUACAAACUGACAUUCAUGCUGGGAGAGCAGCCAAUCACAGAGGUUGGGGAGGUGAAUGAGUUUCCGCCUGCUGAUAAAUGGGGAGCUCUAUAGCCCUUCUUUCCCAUUCAGGAUGGCCAGACACUACAAGACUUCCUUUACAAUUAAGUUUCAGUGAAGCGCAAAGGGCAGCAUAGGAAAGCUUUUAAACAAAGUUUGAAUAUAUUAUAAACUUUAAUGAACCUUGAGGAGCUUUAGAUGGCCCACUGAUGUAGCCAAAGUCCUGUAGCGUACAUCCAGCAUUAACUUUUCUCCAGUUACAAAGGAUGUUAACCGGUUAAAUGUGGAUGAUGGUUGUUUGGUGAAGUUAUUAUGAAGUUGUUACUAUUAUUAUUAUACCAUUUUGUUGUCAUUUUAUUGUCUAUAUUUACUUCUGCCUCUCAAUCAUAUCAGAAUAGAUUGGGGAAUUCUUGCUCCACUGGAUGCCAGGCACUCCUAAAUGGAGCAAAAACAUAUGUUUGAAAGAGAUUGUGAAGCCACAGUCAUUUGAGCAUGUGACUGUAUCCAAAAUUUCACAUGAUCUGCAGCUAACUAAGUAUGUUAAAAACAAUUUACGCUGAGGAAAUCAGGGCCAGAGCAGACAAGAGCCCCUCUGUUGCUAAAUAAAAGGCACUCACAGACUGGUUCAUUAAGAAUCAGUUACGUUCACUUGACCUCUUCCAAAAAGGCCCACAGUUUCUACUGAAUUCUCUCUUCUCGGUUUUAUCCUAGAUUUCCCUUAGCUUUUUGUUUUUAGUAUUUCUGUAUUUCUAUUUAUGAAUGCAUUAUUUAUUUUGGUUUGGGGAUGAAGGUUUCAGAUGUGUUUACUGUUACUGUAUGGGAUUGCAAUCGACAGCUGUAUUCCUUGUGCAUGCUCCUCUUAUGAUGGACACUUAAAGUAUUGCAGCGAAGGACGCACAAGUCAGUAUUGGUCUGUCAAGGAGUCUUUAAUAAUAACAGAUAUUCAGACAGACAUGUUAGAAUAUGUUACAUUAUUUAACAAACCAGGGGUGGAUCGUGAUAAAUUACAUGUCUUGUGAAACAUCCAGGUUGUGAUCUCUGGAUAGCAUUUUAAUAUAGAAUAUCCUGCUAAAUAAAACAGUAGACUUGUGCCAGAAACAUCAGCCACUUUUCCUUGGCAGAUACAAUUUGAACUAUAAAUGGAAUGUAUCAGUUAUAUACAUUAAAUGGCUGUACUUAAGGAAGUGCAAACCUGCAGACGAUAAAUCAUUGGACAUAAAAAGAUAAAGAUAAGAUCAACUUUAAUGAUCCCACACUGUGGGAAUUUACAAAGGCAUUUUGUUUGAUACUGAUGGAAUGCCAUAUGCUGUAUUUAUUUGACCUGCUGUUACAUCAAACCAAGUUAAAGAGGUAGAUUAUUUUCUCUGAAUCAAGUGUAAAUGUUUUGCUUAUGUGGGAGUUUCCUGUUAAGACCUAGGAAAAUACUUUUAUGCGUAAGCCUUGAUAAAAUACAGUGCAUCAGUGGUAAAACAAACUUGGUUGUUCAUUCAAAGCAUUAGGCUUACCAUGUGCUCAUCCAGAACUGUGACUUCUUUAUUUUUUUGUCUUUCUGGGGCUAUUAGUGCUAUAGGGGAGAUCUGCUACAUAUUUCUUAUAAAAUAAUUUAUUUGUCUUAGAUUGUUAAAUUAACUUGUCAUUGCAUAUUUUUUGAAAAGCUAUUUCUGUGCAUGGAUAAAUAAAGGAGAUGGAUGUAUUUGUAGGACAACUUGCACAUAUCAUGUCUCUUUUUUUUGGUGUUUAUUUACAAAUAUCAGUGCAGUAACACAUUAAACACAGCAUUUUUGGGGUGUAUUUUCAUGUGUCUGUCAAUUAGAUUAUUAAGUAAAUGUAAAUAAAAAAGUACUAAUGUCGAAUGAGGA